AUGGAGACUCCCUGCACCGUCUGUGGCGGCCCAGUCCGCUUCUCCUCCUCUCUCCCCCUUCCCCCCAUCUUCCCCUGCUCCCACGUCCACUGCCUCCCCUGCCUCCGCCUUAACUACACCCUCAGCAGCCAACCACAAAACAACCACCACCAGAAACACCUCUCCGACAGCCACGCCCAAUACCCCCCACCCCUCCCCACCACCUUCCGCCCGGUCCAAUGCUGUCCCGCCCAACGCAUGCCCAUCCCCCGUCUGCGCGCCCACCUCCGUCUCACAUCCGCCGAAACAGCCGUCUACCGCGCCCGCCUCGCCGAAUACGACACUCCCCCUGGAAGUCGACUAUACUGUUCCGCACCAGCAUGUGGCCGGUUUAUUCCGCCUGCGCUGCAGGACUCGCGUGUGGGGAAGUGUAGACGGUGCUGGACGAGGACGUGUGUACGGUGUGGGGAGCAGGCGCAUGCGGGGAGUUUGGUGGGGGAGUGUGCGGGUGUUGUUUCGGCGAAGACGGGGGGCUUAGGGGGUAUUGAGAAGGCGGCGAUGAAGCCGUGGAAGGAGGAGACGGAAGGGGAGGAGGGGUUUAGGAGGAUUGCGAAGAAGCUGGGUUGGUGA